AUAUUUUCCCCUUGACGUUUCUUUGACCCAUAUAAACCCAUCGCUUCCUCUUCAUCGCUGUGUUCGACUUUUGGUUUUUGGGUUUUGCUGCUGUUUUGAGUUUUGGCUUCGAAGAUGGUGCGAUUACAACCAGACCCAUUCCUCAAUGAACUGACGAGUAUGUUUGAGCGAACUACUGAGCAUGGUUCCGUUUGGGUUACGCUCAAACACUCUUCUGAUAAAUCUAAAGCCCAACGGAAUAAGAUGAAGACAGCUGGUGAAAAUCUUGAAUUUAAGUGCCUCAUCCGAGCAACUGAUGGGAAAAAGAAUAUUUCCACAAUGGUUGGUGCAAAAGAUCACCAGCGUUUCCAAGCAUCUUAUGCAAUUUUGCUGAAGGCCCGCUUGACUGCACUAAAGAAGAGGGAGAGGAAGGACAAGAGGAAGGCUACUGAUUCUGACAAAAAGAUGGAUAUUUCGAAAAAGAAAUCUGCUGCUGCUAAAGCCUCUACAUGAACUUUAGUCCUUUGGUUCAUUUCCCCCAUUUUGUUUCUAGGAUAGAGUUGUAGGAUUUGAACCCCGUCCGUUUGGGGUGACAAGUCUGAAACUGCAUUACAACUCCAACUGCAUAGAAUGAAGAAAGGAGGUGUUUUUACUCAAUUUGAUUAUUCACAUCUAAAUUAGUCAAACUUUCUAAAGAGCUUGUUGGGUUAUGAAACAUUUGAAGAAAUUUUGUCAUAA